AUUUGCAAUAAAUUAUUAUGUUGUAUCAUUUAGGGGAAAAAAAUGCAUACCUAAAUAUAGGGACCGGUGUGCCAAAAAAAAAAAAAAAACUUAAUAAACCAAUUACUCCUCCCAACUUUAGCUUUGGGCCAAAUAAAAGCUCUGAUAUGCCUUUGACCAAUCAUCACAUUAAUCUGACAUUUAACUUUUAAACAAAAUUUAUAUUAUAACAGAAAUAAAUUCCUGUUUUUUUCAAGAACAAAUUUUUCAGGGAGAAUGCAGUCUUCAUUUUUUCAUGGCAUUACAACUUUUUUUCUCUAAAAAAAUAUGAAUUUCUCAUCAUGACAUUACGGCAUUUAUUUUCUUGACAAUGAACAUUUUAAUUCCUAUAUAAUCUAAGAGUACAUUUGGUAGUUAUGUUUAAUUGGCGUGAGGAUUAUGAGGGGGGUCCUUGAAAAAAAUUCUCCCCUGUAUGUGAUCCCUGGACCCAAAAAGCUUGAAAACCCCUGAACUAAAGGACGGCUUCUUGUCCAUGUUGAAAACCUACUCAGUCACCCGAUGUCUGGGAAGGAAGCGUGGGUUCAGAUCCUACUCAAUGAGCUUUUUGAUAUGUGUGUGUGAAGGGAUUGACUGGCGACCACUCCAGGGUGUAGUCUACAGUACCUUUUGCCCCAAAGUCAGUUUGGGUAGGCUCCACCUCACCCAUGACACUGAACAGGUUACGCGGUGUUGAAAAUGGAUGGAGAGAUGGAUAUUUUCAGUUCAUACACAGUACUGUACACUGCUUAGCCAUUGUAUUAAACCAGUGAUUCUCAAAGUGUGGUACAGGCUCCCUCUAGUGACUUUAACUUGACUUUGACUUUGUAUUCAUGAGACUCGACUUGAUUGUCUGUAGUGUUCGCAAACCUGGCCACAGCCUACUAUACCUGUACUAUGACGCAGAGCAGUGGCGGCUGGUUCAAUUUUCUCCAGGAUCCCUGUUUUAAACCAUGCUUGGUAUGCGGAACGUCACAUGACCAACGCAGAACACGGAAUAGCUGACUUCCUGUAUAUGCUUUGCUAAUGAACAGAACUCGGUUUACUAACAUGAUUGUUUGAAGGUGAACUUUCUAAAAUUCACGUUUUCUUAAAAGCUGGUGUCUUCGGACCAAGUUAAAUACAUGUAUAUAAUUUAUUCAUACAAAUAUGAUAUCAUGCAUGUAAAUGUGAACGAAACCCAAACACCGUCUAUUGUCAUCUUUGGUGGCUCUGUGGUGACAUCUUGUGUUUAACAAAAGACAUUGGAGACGUUUAAAGUGCCUACGGGCGCUUUGAAACGGUCGCUUUCCUCAUCCUCAAAGUGCUUUGACUUGAUUUGCCAAAUGCGGAAGUAGUUUGCCCAAUUUACCCGAUGUAAAAAAGUGGCAGGGAACGCAGAAGAAAGCAUUAGCUUUGCUACAGUUAGCCAAGGCUUGCUGCUGGGUGGUCGGAUAGUACGUGAAUGCAGCUGCAUUUCAUGUCUUCUUCAAGGUGCAAUAUGGCUCUGCAGGAACUCGGCAUCAUCCUGGCCAUGCUGGGCCUGGCCGGGACCAUGCUGAUCUGUGCACUUCCUAUGUGGAAGGUGACGGCCUUCAUCGGGACCCGCCUAGUGGUCAUGCAGGUGUUCUGGGAGGGUCUGUGGAUGACGUGCGUCAGCGAAUACACGGGCCAGAUGCAGUGUAAGCUCUACGACGCCCUCCUGGACCUGUCUCCGGAACUGCAAGCGGCUCGCGGCCUGGUCUGCAUCAGCCUGGUCCUGGGAUGCAUCGGCUUCCUGGUCUUCAUCCUGGGCGCCCGCUGCACCAAGUGCCUGAGCCACCCGCGCAUAAAGACCCGGGUGGUGCUGGGCUCGGGCCUUGUCUUCGGCGUGACGGGCCUCGCUUCCAUGAUGGCCGUGUCCUGGACGGCCAACGACGUAAUCAGAGACUUUCAUAACCCACGCGUCCCCGAGGUACUCAAGCGGGAGCUGGGGGCGGCCAUUUAUAUCGGCUUUGUCGCUUCGGGAUUGCUACUCUGCGGCGGGGGCAUCCUGUGUGCGAGCAGACCGCCACCCAGGGCCGUGAUCCAUUCUGAUGGGUACAGCCCAGCCAGGACCCCCACAAACUGCAGCUACGCCAUCAAGAACUACGUCUAGAGCAGGAGUGGCGGGUCGUGCAUUUGGAGGGCCUCAGCUGACUAGCCAGGAACGACUGGACAAUGAGGUAGACGUCCUCCCCACUAGGUCACCCUGCUGCCCAAAAACACAACACAUAAAACUUGAACCCCUCUGUCCAUUUCCUAUACUGCUUGCCAUUAGGGUACUGGGUGGGCUGGAGCCUAUUCCCGCUGACUUUGAGCGAGAAGCUGAGUGUACACUGGACUGUUUGCCAGUCAAUCACAGAGCACAUACACAACCAACCAUUUACACUCACAUUGACGCCUAUGAACAAUUCAGUCUUCGUUGAGUCUGAACAUGCAUAUGUUUGGAAUGUGGGAGGAAGGAAGGGAGAGUACCCGGGGAAAACCCACGCAAGUGCGGAGAAGGCAUUCAAACCCUUGAAGCGCAGAAGAACUUUGAGGCAGACGUGCAAACCACUAGAGUUCCGUAGUGUGUGGAAUAUUAAAAUCAGUAAUUUGUGACAUCAUUAAUUGUAUGGACACUGAACACUGAAAUUGUAAAAAAAAAAAGCAGCCAGAUAGCAUUUUUAAAUGUGAUCUAAUACCAUGUUGACAAAAUGUAUUAAGACAAUAAAGUGCUAUUGCAGAUUUA